AUGGAUUUACUUUUAACAACAGCUCAAUCAGACCAACAAUUCUCGUGUUGUUUAUGGGAUUACAAGACUUUAAAUAUUCACAAAUAUUACAAGAAUGGUGGUAAAGUGUCUCCUAAGUGUUUAGAAUUGAUCGGGGAGGAUUAUAUUUUAACGUCUGAAAUUGGGAAGCCUUUGCUACAUCUGUGGCUAUUAAACAGUCAAGCGGUGGCAAAAAACGUUAGAUUAGUUAUCCCUGAGCCAGCCAAUUGCCUAGCCGUGUGCCCUCAAAACAUUUAUUUAGCUGUUGGAAUUGGGUGUAAGCUGUACAUGUGGCACAUAUCUUCAGGGAAGCUGUUGGCAGUACAACAGAAAAAUUACCAGCCCGUUUCAGUGAUUAAAUUUUCGAGCGAUGGAGAUUUUCUGUUAGUCGGUGGUGAAGAUGGAAUGUUGUUGACCUACUAUUUAAGUGAUUUACUUACUGUUUCAAGUAAUUACACUUCGCAAAGCGAUCUCGGGAAGGCUGAACCGAUGUACGUUAGGAAGGACCACUCCAUGGCUAUAAAAGAUAUACAUGUUGGUCGUUUUGGUAGAAAAUCUCACUUUGUAACGGUUUCCGCAGAUCGUACAUGCAAAAUAUACAAUCUUUUGAAUGGAGAGCUAGAAUGCAAUUUGGUUUUUGGAAACUGUUUAACAAGCGUCAUAUUCGAUUCUUCGUUUGGGCAACUUUACGUCGGAAUGGAGACUGGGUUGAUCAAACAAUUCGUGCUGAAGGACCCUCCGAGGACUUUGACUCAUCACGUUGAAGAUGGAAAAUUGAGUUUGGAGUUUGUGGGACACAAAAGUAAAAUCGUUUGCUUGGCUUUAAACGCGAUGGAAACGAUCCUGGCCUCAGGCAGUUCGGAUUCUUUCGUGUACACUUGGGACGUUAGGAAAAGGCAAAUAUUGAAAAAAAUCAAACAUAACAGUCCUAUAACAAACGUAAAGUUCGUUAUGAGCUAUGAAAAUUUCUUUGCGGAGAAUAUUAAACCGCGAUACCAGAUUAAAAGUUUACAGAGAAGCUUGGAAUAUUCAGAAGAUUUAAUGGUUAGUCAGCUGCAAACCGAGGAUAUAGAAACGAAAGAUGAAGAAUUCGUUUUAUCUAAGAAAGAAAAACAGAAAGACAUGUUUGAAGAAAAUUGUAAAUUAAGGACUGUAAAUGAGGAAUUGUUUAAUGCUCUCGUUAAGAUUGGUACAAAAACUUAUUUGCCGAAAUAA